AUUAGUCUUCUAAAACUGAUUGUCGUCGAAGCGAAGGUGACCGCGACCCAAUCAUCCAAUUCGGGAGGAACCGCCAACAGUUGGGGGGCAAUUAAUCUUGCAGCUUAUUUUGUGUUGUGGAAUAUUGUACCGGCAAUAUGUGUGAACGCGGAACGGAGUGCUACAAGAAGUACCAGGAGUGGGAGAACAACGAGGAGAUUAAGCUGUUUCGGGAAUAUCUGCGCAUUCCUACGGUGCAUCCCGAUGUGAACUACGAUGAUUGCGUAGAGUUCCUACGGCGCCAGGCCGAAUCCCUGGAACUGCCGGUGCAGGUGGUCGAGGUGAACCCCGGGAAGCCGAUCGUCAUCAUCACCUGGGAGGGUACGGAUCCCACCGAAAAGUCCAUCAUCCUGAACUCGCACAUGGACGUGGUUCCUGUGUACCCAGAACUGUGGAGCCAUCCGCCGUUCGCGGCCGAUAUGGACUACCAGGGAAAGAUCUUCGCCCGCGGUGCACAGGACAUGAAGUGCGUGGGAAUGCAAUUUUUGGGCGCGAUCAGGGCCCUCAAGCGGGACGGGGUCCGUCUGAAGCGGACGAUUCACGCUACGUUCGUGCCCGAUGAGGAGAUCGGAGGAAAGCUCGGAAUGAAGGAGUUCGUCCAUAAGGAGGGCUUCCGCAAGCUGAACUGCGGAUUCGCGAUCGACGAGGGAAUCGCUGGGCCGGACGAGGAGUAUCCACUGUUCUACGGCGAAAGGAGUGUGUGGCAUGUUCUGUUCCACAUCUCCGGAACGCCGGGACACGGAUCGCUGCUGCUGAAGAACACGGCUGGUCAGAAGGCACGCUACAUUAUCGAUAAACUGAUGGAUAUGCGCGAACAGGAAGUCAAGAAGCUGGAGAACAACCCAGAAUUCACGAUCGGGGAUGUGACGACGAUCAACGUUACCAUGAUGACGGGUGGCGUCCAGAGUAACGUCGUUCCCCCGGAACUGAUGGUGUGCUUCGACAUCCGUCUCGCCGUCGACGUGAAGCAUUUGGAGUUCGAGAACCAGCUGCUGGACUGGUGCCGUGAAGCAGGAGGCGGCAUUGAGCUCGAGUACGAUCAGAAGUGUCCCUUCGUGAAGCCAACCACCCUGGACGGCUCGAAUCGGUAUUGGGUGGCCUUCAAGGAUGCCUUGGACGAGCUGGGCCUGAAGGUGAAACCACAGAUCUUCCCAGGGGGCACCGAUAGUCGGUAUAUUCGCGGCAUUGGAAUUCCUGCGAUCGGAUUUUCACCGAUGAACCACACCCCUGUGCUGCUGCAUGAUCACGAUGAGUUCCUUCAGGCCGACACCUAUCUGAAGGGCAUCGAGAUCUACAAGAAAAUUAUCGCUAAUGUAGCGAACGCCUAGGACGGGUGACAUAAAUAAAGCAGUUCAAACAUGUUA